GCUAGUUUUUUCGCGUCCGAAACGGUGCCCGAUCGUUGCGAACGUCCCGAAAUUGAAUUUUAUGUUUGUUCGCGAUCCGUCAGCGUUUGGGGCCAUUCGAGUGUUUUUCGUACCGACGCGGAAAAGCGGAAGCGACGGGAAAAACACCUGUUCGACGACCUUGAAAACCAACAUCGUUAGUCAUCGAUUAUUAUUGUUUCGUUUCCCGUUGCGGGUCUCCGUCCCGCGAUAAUGCCUUGAUAACGCUUGCCGCUAUCUUAUCCGCCGCUACUACGACGAGACUUCACUGACCUUUGGCUCUCGUUUUGUUUAUAAAUAUAAGCCCGUCGCCGUACGUUGUUGCCGCCGUCGGCACUCCUCCGUGUCGCUUGGCAUCGGUCGCCAACAGAUCAACAGCUGUGACCCAUCUGUCGAAUGAUCGUUUCAAGAAUCCCGACGAUUAUCACCGCGCAUCGUAUACGGCCGUCGACGCUCAACGACGAUGGAUUCGUUCCUGGACCUGUUCGAUCCGGGCACCAGCCCUCCGUCUAAUUGCGACGUAUGGCCAGCGGAGGACAAUGACGAUGUCACCGCAAGGCUACCGCCGGAGCCUCAGAUGGGCAAUGUCGAGUACAAACUGAAGCUGAUCAAUCCGUCCAAGUUGCGCUUUGAACAUCUGGUCACGCAGCUGAAAUGGCGGCUCAGAGAGGGUCACGGCGAAGCCAUUUAUGAAAUCGGCGUUGAAGACACAGGCAUGCUGACCGGCUUGUCUGCUGAGGAUAUGAAAUCUAGUCUAAUCACCUUGGAUGAAAUGGCCCGUAAAUUAGGUGCUACUACGUCGGUGCUGCGAGAGAGAUCAGUAAAAAAAGACAAAAUGGUUGCUGAAGUUCUAGUUCGAAAGGUUCCAGAUGACCAAGAAUGUAUAGAAGUGAUGGUUGCUGUAUUAGGAGGUGCUGAUGCUGGCAAGUCAACUCUUCUUGGUGUAUUAGCACAUGGUGAAUUUGAUAAUGGUCGUGGUAGUGCUCGAUUAAAUGUUUUAAGACAUUUACAUGAACUACGAUCUGGUCGAACUUCUUCCAUAUCUCAUGAGAUUCUUGGUUUUGAUACUGAGGGAGAUGUUAUCAACUAUCAAAAAGCCCGUACAGCCGAAGAAAUUCGAGAUCGCUCAUCAAAGCUGAUCACAUUCCUCGAUUUAGCUGGACAUAAAAAAUAUCUUAAAACUACUGUAGCUGGUUUGAGCGGUUACUGUCCGCAUCAUGUUAUGUUGGUUGUGAGUAGUCCAGCUGUAACUGUUUCUAGUCCUACUCAAUUGGAUAUGACCAAAGAGCAUAUGGAUUUGGCAUUAGCACUUAGACUUCCAUUUUGCAUUGUUGUUACAAAAACUGAUAUCACUCCAGCAGAUAACACAAUUAAAUGGUUGGAGUCUAUAUUGAAAUCCAUUGGAUGCAGAAAAGUUCCUUUUGUUGUUAAAUCUGAUGAUGAUGUUUUAACAGCGAGCUCUGCACAGCCAACUCAAAAUGUUGUGCCUAUAUUUACCAUUUCUAGUGUUACUGGUGAAGAUUUAGACUUACUCACAAAAUUUUUAUAUGUUUUACCACCAAGUAUUAGUAUAAAAGAUAAAGAAAGAUUGGAGCAGGAGUGCUGUCAGUUUCAAAUAGAUGAGAUUUUUAAAGUACCUGAUAUUGGUACAAUUGUUGGUGGUGUACUUGUCCAAGGUGUUGUUAAUAUUGGUACAGAACUAGUUAUAGGCCCCUUUGAUAAUGGAACAUUUGUUCCAGUAACUGUGCAAUCUAUACAUAGGAAUAAAGCUCCACGUCGAGUUGUAAAAGCAACUCAAAGUGCUUCGUUGAGUUUGGAACAAAGUAUUCCUGGAUUACGUAAUGGAAUGGUGCUCUUGGGAUCGGGUGUGAAUCAUAGUGCUUGCAUAUUCUUCCAAGCUAGAAUUGUUGUACUAUAUCAUGCAACAUCUAUUCAUAAUGGAUUCCAAACCACUGUACAUAUUGGAAACAUACGGCAAACUGCGGCUAUUGUUGCUAUCAUGGAAUGUGAUAAACGAGGUAUGCAUACUAAUGACACAGCAUCAGUAAUAUUUAAAUUUGCACGUCAUCCAGAAUAUGUCACUGAAGGUAUGCGGUUAUUGUUCAGAGAAGGACAGACUAAAGGAAUUGGAAUUGUUACUCAAGUAUUUGCUUUGCAAGUAGUUGCUGGAUAGAUAACAUUGUUUUUAUUGACUUACAACUUUUAUUUAUAUAACCAAUAGAGGUAAAAUGUACACAGUUACAUAAUUUAAACUUAUAAAAAUCACUUUAUACACAUAAGAAUAUAUAUAUAUAUAU